ACGCGCCGAGCAACCAUCGGCGGACACUCCGCUCCAUCAUCAGCGGCAGUCGACAGCCAUGUCGAACAGGAACAGUGGCGGCGGCGGCAAGCGUUCGCUGCUGCUGUCGCUGUGGCUCCUCCUCGCCGCCAGCCUCCGGCUCUGGCCGGCCGGCGGCAGCGGCCACGUCGUCACGCACAUGCGCGGGUUCGACGGGCCCCUCCCGUUCUACCUCGAAACCGGGUACGUGGAGGUGGACGAGCGGCACGGCGUGCAGCUCUUCUACUAUUUCGUGCGGUCGGAGAAGGACUCGGACGAGGACCCGCUGGUGCUGUGGCUGUCCGGCGGGCCCGGCUGCUCCGGCAUCUCCGGCCUCGCCUACGAGAUAGGACCCCUAAAGUUUGAUGCCAAAGGGUACAGAGGCGGGUUCCCAACCCUGCUCUACCGGCCGGAGACAUCGACCAAGACGAGCAACAUCAUAUUCGUGGAUUCCCCGGUGGGGACUGGGUUCUCCUACGCCACGACGGAGGAAGGGCUCAAGGCCAGUGACACCAAAGCAGUGGAGCAGCUGGUCAUUUUUCUCAGAAAGUGGCUUCAAGAUCAUCCCCGGUUCCUGUCGAAUCCGCUUUACAUUGCUGGGGAUUCAUACAGUGGUCUCAUCAUUCCUGGUCUUACAUUAGAAAUCGACAGAAGUAUAGAACUUGGUGAAAAACCACUUUUCAAUCUCAAGGGGUACAUUGCUGGCAACCCGGUGACUGACAGCCAAUUUGAUACGGACGGCCAAAUUCCAUAUCUUCAUGGCAUGGGACUUGUAUCAGAUGAGCUUUACGAGAAUGCUAGGGGGAACUGUGGUGGAAAAUAUAGUGCUCCUAGCAACGCUGCAUGCACAGAGGCCAUCCAAGCUAUAAAGAAUUGCACAAGGGAUCUCAGUGGGCAACACAUCCUGGAGCCGGCUUGCCCUGAUGUGGUGUGGAGCACCAAGACUGUGGCACUGGCAGACGGAAUUAGUCGGGUGAUGCUAGAGUCUGCAGAGUUUCUGUCCGGGUUCAAAUGUCCAGAAGCUGAGUACGUUCUAUCCGACAUAUGGGGAAAUGAUGCAACAAUUCAGGAGAGCCUUGGUGUUCGAAAGGGAACAAUUGGAGAAUGGAGAAGAUUUAACCAUGGAUUGUCUUACACUGAAGACAUCCAGAGUGCAGUGGAGUAUCAUUCAAGGCUAGCCACAAAAGGAUACGCAGCUCUCAUAUACAGUGGCGAUCACGAUCCCAGUAUAACCCAUGUUGGCACACAAGCAUGGAUUAGACACCUAAACUUGACCAUCGUAGAUGACUGGCGACCAUGGUAUGUUGGUGACCAAGUUGCUGGAUUCACAAGGAGAUACUCGAGCAACCUAACAUUUGCAACCGUGAAGGGUGCUGGGCAUAUUGCUCCAUUGUAUAGGCCCUUGGAGUGCCAAACAAUGUUUAGAAGAUGGAUGUCGCAGGAUCCUCUAUGAUAUGCUCCCUCCGGAUGGAAUCAGGUUUCAGUGUGCCGCGUUUUGUACCAUCCAUGGUCAAAACUCAAAAGACAUUUUUCGUGACAUGUAAUAAAUGGUUACAUCGUGCCUAGUCAUGUGGUACCUUUGCCAAAA